AUGUCCAUCAAACAACAUUUCUUCGAAACCAAAAUCGAAGUCUACCAGAGCUGGCUCGAACAAGACAAGGAGCUCCUCCUCCUCAUCCCCAAAGUCUCCUGUGCCGAGUGGGCUCCCGGAAGACCUACUCACGGACAAGGAGAGGCACGCGGAGUGGCUGCCGUACGGGCAGCUCCUGUCCGACGCGCUGCCGCCGAUGCGCUUCGUCGAGGCGCUGAGGCAGCGGCCGGGCUUCAAGGGCUUGCGCUCGCACGAGGACCUGCGGCCGCACAUGGAGCGCUACCUACGCGUGCUGGCCACCGCCGGCAUCCUGCACGAGGCGCCCCGGGGGACAGCAGCGGCUCGGAGGACGAAGAGCAGGGCAAGCUUGCCGCGUUGAGGCGAGCAGAGGCUGCCUACGGGACGAGGAGGAGCACGAAAUAG